UACACAAAUGCAUCUCAUUUCAUUCUUGCCACACUCAGGAAAUAUGGAGCUUUAUAUCCCCUCCAUCCUGAGUUACUUGAUAGUCGUUUCAAUCAUAAUAAAAGGGACGGUGGCGAUCAAAUGCCAUUCUGGGAAUGAGGAGUGGAACACAGACGGUGACAGGACAAAAGACACCAAGACCAGAUUGAUAUGUCCAACCGCCAUAACGUGUUACAGGGUCCCGACUGCUGGCUACGUUGCGAGGGGAGUCGCGCACACGAUCACCUUCGGCUGCGGCCCCUGCGACGGGCGUCUAGCCGGAUGUCAGAUAUGCGGCCACAACUACUGUAAUGGCGAGAAAGGCGAAAGGGAAAGAAACAGCGGUCACGUGACACGGAGCUCACUCGCAGCUCUCCUCUCUACGUUUGUGUUGUGUAUGUUGUUGAGGAUUGGUGAUUAGCAGCUGGAAUCCUAUAAUUUUUAAACACUACACAUGCCAUCACAUUAUUAUGAUCCUGCAAAUUCUAUAGCUUUGAAAUAAAAUGCUUUGCUUACGGCAACCUUUCUUCACGCAAGAAUUCGGUACUUCCGCUCAGGCAAUGACCAAUAAGAUGACCUGUGUCAUGCCUCAUGGCUCAUGCUUUCCGAGCGGACAAAAUGUGACCUAUGUUAUUGACUGGCAAAUAUCUGAUCAGAAGUCCCAAAUGUUCCUGCUGAUGAAGGUAUACUGAAUGACACACUACCAUCGCUGGUAUCCGCAGUCGUGGCCGGAACGUACGAACUGUCCUUUAAGUUAGGGAAUGAAGCAAAGUUUUCUGAUGGUAAAGUAUCACUUGACUUUGAACAUGUUUGGACUGUAUCACACCUAAUCGUAGAAAAUGGAGCCGCAAAAGCGUUUUUUUUUGCCUACUGUGUAUUGUUAACCCUUCAUACAUGUACUUGUAAAUACGUUAAACUCACAUGACUUCCUUUACACCGAUUGUAAGUUAUCUAGGUUUGAUAAACGUUGAAUGUAUAAUA